UUCUAUUAUGUAUUUUAAUAAAGUUGUCUUCGACAUAAUAUUUCAUCUGUGACGUUUCAUGUGUUUGUUUCAACCUUGGAACCCUGGGGCCGCCAUGGUCCCGCCCCGUCCCUGGCAGCCUGAGGGCAGCGGUGUUCCCAUGGCUCCAUCCCGUCCCUGGCAGCCUGAGGGCAGCGGUGUUUCCAUGGUCCCGCCCCGUCGCUGGCAGCCUGAAGGCAGCGGCUUCAGUCGGUGUUUCAUGGCUCCAUCCCGUCCCUGGCAGCCUGAGGGCAGCGGUGUUCCCAUGGUCCCGCCCCGUCCCUGACAGCCUGAGGGCAGCGGCUUCAGUCGGUGUUCCCAUGGCUCCACCCCGUCCCUGGCAGGCUGAACGCGGCGGCUUCACUCGGUAUUUCCAUGGCUCCACCCCGUCCCUGGCAGCCUGAGGACAGCGGCUUCACUCGGUAUUUCCAUGGCUCCACCCCGUCCCUGGCAGCCUGAGGGCAGCGGCUUCACUCGGUGUUUCCAUGGCUCCACCCCGUCCCUGGCAGCCUGAAGGCAGCGGCUUCAGUCGCGGGCUGAGGGCGGCGCGGCCGCCCCGAUGGCUGCCGUGUUCCUGGUUACGCUGUACGAGUAUUCGCCGCUGUUUUACAUCGCCCUGGUGUCCGUCUGCUUCCUCGUCACCAGCGCGCUCGUCCUCGGCUGGUUUGGUUUGGGUGUUCCUGUUAUUCUGAGGAACUCAGAAGAGACAGAAUCCAGCACAAGGGUGUUGAAAAAGCGGAUGAGACAAGUGAAGAAUCCUUUUGGGUUAGAGAUCCCUAAUCCUGCUGCAGCUUCAGUAACAAGGGGUGUAACCCUGACACCUGACUGCCUGGAGGACUGUGUCCUCACCUGCUACUGGGGCUGCAACGUCCAGAAACUCCACGAAGCGCUGCAGAAACACGUCUACUGCUUCAGAAUAAAGACUCCUCAGGCAUUAGAGGAUGCUCUCUACAACGAAUACCUCUACAAACAACAGCACUUCAUUAAAAAAAAUGACAAGGCAGAGAAAUAUUGUCAGUUACCAGAAGAUGCUCAAGUUGUGGAUUUUGGCCCGGUGCCUAGAGCUCACUAUCCCUUGGUAGCACUGCUGACAUUAGCAGAUGAAGAAGACAGAGAAAUAUAUGAUAUUAUUGCAAUGGUGGCUGUAAUUCAUGUUCCUGAUGAAAGCUACAGACUUUCCUGCCGAAUUUUGUAUCAGUAUCUCCUCCUAGCUCAAGGUCAAUACCAUGACCUGAAGCAACUCUUCAUGUCUGCAAAUAGCCCUGCACCCUCCUCCAGCGAUACCUUCCCUGGUGAGAGCAGCACUGACAGAGGGCUGCUGGAAAAGGCCGGGCUGGCUGGAGAUGAACCAGAAUUGCAGGAAGAAAACAGCAAAGACUGUGUUGUUUGCCAGAAUGGCCCCGUGAACUGGGUCCUCCUGCCCUGCAGACACACGUGCCUGUGCAAUGGCUGCAUCAAGUAUUUCCAGCAGUGCCCAAUGUGCAGGCAGUUCGUGCAGGAGUCUUUUCCACUUUGCAGCAAAAAGGAGCAGGAUGAGGAUGAAUCGACCCAUGUCUUGCAAGAUGUUCUUCCUGGAAGAGUUUUUUAACAGCAGUUAAAAAUAAAAGACCUGGGUUGUUUGCACUAAGAUUAAAUGUGGAAGCCAGACUAUUUAUGGGAGGAUAUGUAGAGUUAACUUGUAGGAUUUUGCUUUUUUUUUUUUUGUUGGGUAAUUUUCAGCUUCCUUAUUUUUCCUCGCUCCAUAUGCUCGCAGGAGCGCUGCUUACCCGUGCAAUGUGGACAGGAGAAGUGCGUAGGAUAGCUCUGAAGGAUGUGAUUUUAUUUAUAACUGCUUCCUAGAUUUUCUUGGAGCACUAUUGGAGGCUAUUUUGACUACUAAAUUUAGGCUGUCUACUAAAAAAAGAAUAAAACUUGCAAGUGCAGUUGCACAAGGCUCAUUCUAUAUUUAUUGUGUUUAAAAUACUAGAGCCGUGUAUCAUUUUAACUCAGUAUAAUUUAGGAACUUAGCACUUUACAGAAUGUACCAUAUGAAGGAAAGUAAAUAUUCUUCAUCAUUAA